CCCUUUCCCUUUCCUAAAACACCAUUAAAAAUAAAAAAAUAAAAACAAAAUAAACGUUUCGUCUUCGGCCUCGGCCCAAUGUAGUUAUCUAAUGGGCCUUAAAGAUCAACCGGAUACUCAAAAGUUUAGGCCCAUGAAAUUAUAGCCCAGCCCAAAGAAAGAAUUAGACAGACACACGUGGCAGGCGAGUGGAAUGCAAUGCGGUGGCGAUUCAUAAAACCGCCAUGAAAAUCAUGUGGACACGUGGUUUCACAUUAAACCCCGAUUUCUAAAAAAAGAAAAAAGGGGGAAACGAUUUAGGGCAAUACGAAUUUGGAUCAGUGCAGAAAAAUGGAGACUAACCAGAAGGUGGAGAUGGAGAGGGAGCAGCAGAGGCGAGAAGAAACGAAGAAGCUAGAGCAAGAACCACCGCACUAUAUAUCCCCGAUGCAGCCAUUGACGGAAAGUGCUUACGGCGGAGGAAUGUACGGUGCCGAGGAAGGCCAACAGCAAAGCCUACAGAAGAAGCCCGCGAGCGACACACAGAGUGCCGACGGGCCUGUAGAAUCGGGAAUGAAGCCGAAGCACGCGCCCCCGCCAUCCUCUGGCGACAGAGACAUCGACAUCACCGGGCAAUCGUAUUUCCAGUAGCCUGCAAGGUUCGUGGCUGCCGAUUGCCUUUCGUAUGUGUGUAAUAAUGGCGAAAGGUAGUUCGAAUGUUGUAGUCUGUUUUCUUUUUUCCUCUCAAUAAUGCGUUUCCGAGUUCUUCGAAGGGCAAAUAUGGUAUUUUACCAACCGGUGACAGUUGGAUUUUAAUUUAGUAAACA